AAUAACACCACUUGGAAACCCUAGUUCAAAACACCCUGAAUCAAUCAAUCGCAGUCGUCAGUUGCAUCGUUCGAACGAACAUAUUCAUCGAGACAAAAUGAGCGGUGUAGGAAAGAAAGUUGCAGAUGUAGCCUUCAAGGCCUCAAAGUCGAUCGAUUGGGAUGGAAUGGCGAAGAUGAUCGUCACCGACGAAGCUCGUAAGGAGUUCUCAUCACUCCGUCGUGCAUUUGAGGAAGUCAACUCCACUUUGCAGACCAAAUUCAGUCAGGAACCAGAACCUAUCGACUGGGAGUACUACAGAAAAGGGCUUGGAUCUCGUAUCGUUGAUUCUUACAAAGAAUAUUAUGAAAGUGUUGAAAUUCCUAAGUUUGUUGAUAAGACGACCCCAGAGUACAAACCCAAGUUUGAUGCAUUGUUGGUGGAACUGAAAGAAGCUGAGCAGAAAUCUCUCAAGGAAUCUGAAAGACUAGAGAAAGAAAUUGCUGAAGUCCAAGAGCUGAAGAAAAAACUUAGCACCAUGACUGCUGAUGAGUACUUUGAAAAGCACCCAGAAUUGAAGCAGAAAUUCGACGAUGAAAUCAGAAAUGAUUACUGGGGCUAUUGAUUGAUGGUUUCCUUUGUGUGAAUCCAUUUCUUUUUUUCUUUUGGCAUAAACCAAUAAAGCAAAAUCUGUCUUUUGUUUGUAUGGCUGCAGAUUUCGGUAAGACCGAAUACGUUGUCACGUUUAUUAAAUCUUAUUACUCGUUUAUGAUCGGUUGA